ACAAGUCUUAGAAAAACCAUAACAACAAAUCAAUCAAAUCAAAUAUUCCAAAUAUUAAAAACUCAAACUUUUAACAGAAACAUAACCAACAACAAAAGAGCAACGUAAUUCAUUAAUCUUUUGCUUUUCCAUUCUUCUAAUCCAAGAGGCAAGCUUUGGAAUUUUCUCGGGGUUUCAUCUUCAUUACUCUUCAAUUUCAAAACCCACUAAGGGAUUAGUUUCUUGUUUUCUCCUUAACCAUGGUUUUGCUAUGUUGCAAGAAGGGUCAUGUUCAGUUUCUUCACCCUUGAAGUUGUUCUCCAUGAUGUCAGCUUCACCUAGCUUAGGAUCUUCACAUUCUUGGCUUAAAGAACUGAAAUCUGAAGAAAGGGGUUUGUAUUUGAUCCAUUUGUUGCUCACUUGUGCAAAUCAAGUAGCUGAUUGUAAUCUUGAGAAUGCAAAUGCAACACUUGAGCAAAUUUCCAUGCUUGCUUCCCCUGACGGCGACACCAUGCAGCGAAUCGCAGCUUAUUUUACUGAAGCACUUGCUGAUAGGAUACUCAAAGCAUGGCCUGGUCUCCAUAAAGCACUUAAUUCUACUAGAAUGGUUAUGGUUUCAGAAGAGAUUCUUGUGCAGAAGCUCUUUUUUGAGCUUUUUCCUUUCUUGAAGGUAGCUUAUAUUCUUACAAAUCAAGCUAUCGUUGAAGCGAUGGAAGGGGAGAAAAUGAUUCACAUAAUUGAUCUCAAUGCUGCUGAACCUGCUCAAUGGAUUGCACUCUUACAAGUUUUGAGCACGCGUCCCGAAGGCCCUCCGCAUUUGAGAAUCACCAGCGUUCAUCCGAAGAAAGAAGUUCUCGACCAAAUUGCUCGUAGACUGAUUGAAGAAGCUGAAAAGUUGGAUAUACCAUUCCAAUUCAAUCCUGUUGUCAGCAAAUUAGAAAACCUCGAGUUUGAGAAACUUCGUGUUAAAACCGGCGAGGCAUUAGCAAUUAGUUCUAUCCUCCAAUUACAUACCCUUUUAGCCUUGGAUGAUGAAACCAUGAAGAGAAAAUCUCCUCUUUUGUCAAAACCCUCAAAUGGAACUCACUUGCAAAGAUUCCAUCCAAUGAACCAAACAUCAUUAGGUGAUUUGUUCGAGAAAGAUACCAGAAGUCUUGAGUCAACCUCAUCAUCGCCGGCUUCGAUUACCAUUGAGAGUUUUCUCAAUGCCUUGUGGAGAUUAUCACCAAAGGUAAUGGUUGUAACAGAACAAGACUCCAAUCAUAAUGGUUCAACUCUUAUGGACAGGCUACUAGAAGCUUUAUACUCUUAUGCAGCAUUAUUUGAUUGUUUGGAAUCAACCGUCCCAAGAACCUCGUUGGAGAGAUUAAGGGUGGAGAAGAUGCUUUUCGGCGAGGAAAUCAAGAACAUUAUUGCAUGUGAGGGAUUAGAAAGAAAGGAAAGGCAUGAAAAGCUUGAUAAGUGGUUUAUGAGACUUGAUUUUACUAGAUUUGGUCAUGUGCCUUUAAGUUAUUUCGGUAGGUUGCAAGCAAGGAGGUUUCUGCAGAGUUGUGGUUGUGGAGGAUAUAAAAUGAAGGAGGAAAAUGGUUGUGUAGUAAUAUAUUGGCAAGAUAGGUCCUUGUUUUCAAUAUCAGCUUGGAGAGCUAUGAAGUAAGACAUGGUCUAUGUUUCGAUCAGCGGUGAGUUUGGCAAAAUCGUGGUGAUUCACCCUGAUUCUGUCAAUCUCACCUGCCAAUUCAAACAUGCACAAAAUCAAAAACCAAAAUAACAAUGAGAAAAAAAUAAGCAUGUAUUGAUCUUUUUUCUUUGUAUGAAAGUGCUUUGUCUUUAUAGUAAUAAAUACUCAUCAAUAUUGAGUUUUAGAUAUACUCCUAUUGCAUGGUACACCUCAUUAGGAAAGAAAAAUUGCGAUGAAGGUAUAGAAGAAAUGGAAAAACUAAUUAGGGUUCUGUAAAUACAGUGUCAUCAUUCAUUGCUUAUGUGACCAUAUUAAUUUUUGUGAACCAUAUGU